GAUUGGCAUUCCGGCACAACCUUUCUCCGACAAUUACAGUCAUGUGAGAACAAGUCAUUCCAUCUACUGAUCACAACAACAUCUCUGCCUUGUCUGGUUAUAUCUUCACGGAGCUCGGGGAACAGCUCUGUUAGCCUAAUGAAUGAAUGCGUAUCUUCUCAAUAGGGCUUUAGGGUCCAUAAGUCCCUCGACUUUUCAUGUCGCACAAACCACGCGGCUUGUUCAACAGCUCGAGCCGGCGCCUGGCAUUCGCUUCUCAGCACGUAGAGACAUUCUCUUAGGAGAAAGUCAGGCUGGAAAUGAAUAUCCUCAUGAGGAUGCAGGACUGGUCUUUGAUGAUGAAGUAUUCGCUCAUAAGGCGGGAGUGAAUGUGCUCGCCAUCGACCACUAUGAGGGCCGAUUCAUGGUUUCUGGGGGUGCAGAUCCUUCAAUUAAUCUCUGGGAUCUGGAGACACGGGGCUCGGAUCUGAAACAUGUGCACCAGCCUGUGGCAUCAGUCAACAGAGCCUCGCAUGAAGAUGCCCACACACGUGCCAUUACCUCCGUCUCUAUAUACCCAUUUGAUCCCACCCCGUCUACUAUUUUGACAACCUCGUACGAUGGCACACUCAAGCUUUCGGCUUUAGGGCCGGGGGCUAUCACACCUGUGCACACUUUCAACCUAGAUUGCACCCCGUACACCCAUUCGUUGUCGUCAAAUCCAGGGUCUCCUUUACUCAUUGCAGUAGGUACCUCGGAGAAGCCGGUCCGAUUGCUUGACCUACGUUCAGGCUUGUCGACGCAUGGUCUCCCCGGGCAUGAAUCUUCAGUCCUGUCCGUAUCAUGGGCUCCUCAUCAGCCACACAUAUUGGCUUCUGCGUCGGCAGAUAAUAGAGUAAUCCUCUUCGAUAUCCGCCGAGGAGGCCACAAUUCAGCCAUCGCUGCACUAGACAUGGAUGAUGCUGUCGGACUUGUACGCCCGGGAUCCAUCCCAGCAUCCUACCAGAGCCGCCCAGCAUUCUCACCGCACGCUAGAGCCCAUAAUGGCGCCGUGACCGGCGUGCGGUGGACGUCCAGUGGUAGUCACCUGGUGACCGCUGGCCAGGACUCUCGGAUUCGGGUCUGGGAUGCCGGGACAGGUGCGAAUACGCUUGUGCACUUCGGUCAGCGCGUGCGGAACAGUGUGACUUCGCACCUGGCCGAAAGGGCACCGCUAAUCAUACCUCGCGGAAUGGUCACUCCAGGGCAAGAAACCCUUUUAUGGCCGAAUUUCAAUGAGAGAGACGACCGCGGGGAGAUCUUCAUGUUUGAACUUCGAGAGGGGGCUUUUGUCAAACUCCUCCGCGUACCGGGACUUAUGACCGGUCGUCAGCAGUUCCAGGGACGCUCUAGUGCCCUCAGCGCUGCGAGGAUCAACGCCCUUGCUUGGCGCGGCAACGGUUCCUCAGGAGAAGGGAUCGAGAUGUAUUCAGCCCACGGCGACGGGACCAUUCGCACAUGGGCGUCACGGGAGCCUGAGGGUGAGCCGGAUGAUGAAGCCGAAGAAGCCGAACGAGCAGACCGCAAGCGCAAGCGCGAUAUUCUCGACGAACUCUACCGAGGAUUUAUAGGCUAAGCAUACGAUCAAGAAAAUCUACGAAGGCACCAAAUAUAGCACAAUAGUAAAAAUCGU